UGCAGGGGUGAUGAAAGCAAAAAAGAGUUGCAGGUGCGUUGAGGGAUGGGCCGGGAUUAUUAAAGAACGGUGGCUAAAAUACAGGCCGAUUUUCAUCAGAGCGGAUGCCAGUGCCCUUCAAAUUAAUCAACUGGCAGGAGAUAAUUUGACAGAGAUAUGGUUAUGGCGGAUGGGUUCAACUGGACCACCAUUGCAAGGGGGAGGCAAAAAUGAUGAAGGAGGGAAAGGUUUUCAGAGUUAUCCAAGAAAACUGCUGGAAUCCAGAGGUUCGGAUUAAAGAGAUGAACAAAGCAGGAGUCACUAUACAAGCCCUUUCUACAGUUCCUGUAAUGUUCAACUAUUGGGCCAAACCUGAGGAUACUUCAGAUCUGUGCCAAUUAUUAAAUAAUGACUUAGCUGCUACAGUAAAAAAGUACCCCAAGAGGUUUAUCGGCCUUGGCACAUUACCUAUGCAAGCACCAGACCUGGCUGUGAAGGAAAUGUAUCGCUGUGUGAAUGAGCUUGGUUUUCCUGGAGUACAGAUAGGAUCUCAUAUCAACGAAUGGGAUCUGAAUGCACCAGAACUGUUUGCUGUCUAUGCUGCAGCUGAAUUAUUAAACUGUUGUCUGUUUGUGCAUCCCUGGGACAUGCAGACAAAUGGAAGGAUGUCCAAGUACUGGCUUCCCUGGCUUGUGGGCAUGCCAGGGGAAACAACCAUUGCCAUUUGCUCCAUGAUUAUGGGAGGAAUUUUUGAAAUGUUUCCUAAACUGAAAGUUUGCUUUGCCCAUGGAGGUGGUGCUUUCCCAUAUACACUAGGGCGUAUUUCCCAUGGAUUCAAUGUGCGCCCUGAUUUGUGUGCUGUGGAUAAUAAAGUUGAUCCAAAGAAAUACCUCGGUUCAUUUUACACGGAUUCACUUGUUCAUGAUCCUCGGGCCCUAAAGCUGCUAAUCGAUGUAAUAGGAGAGGACAAAGUUCUUUUGGGAACAGAUUACCCUUUUCCACUAGGGGAACUAGAACCUGGAAAACUGAUUGAUUCUAUGGAAGAGUUUGAUAGUGGACUAAAGCUGCAAAUUUUUCAAGCCUCCCUACUCCAUCCCGAAGGCUAUCUCAGAUAAGGCGGUGGAAACAAAAGAUGCGAGACGAAAUGUUCUCGGAAAUCAUGGAAGUGACCUGCAGUGAAAGAGCUCAUCUGAAUGAGUGGAAGGACAUGGUAUCAAAUUACAGGAAAGAUGCCAGUGAACGUGAGGACAGGAGGGACCAACGUGAGGGUAGGAUGGACAAACGUGAGGAGAGGAGAGACGCUCGAGAGGUGGCGGCAGGAAGAUCAGAGGUGUAGGCAGGAAGAUCAGCGGUGGCAGGAUGCAACGCUGAGGCUGCUGCAUGAUCAAACUGACACCAUCCGACAUCUGGUGGAGCUUCAGGAACAGCAGCAGGGUCACAGAGUGCCACUUCAGCCCCUGUGUAACCACCUUCACCAUGUUCCAUAUCUUCCUCACCCAGACAUGUAAGAACGCAUGGGGGAAGGCUUCGUGCACCCGCCCACUCCACCCCCGUGGACAGCCCAACCAAAAGGCUGUCAUUACUUUGAAAUUUUUUUAGUGGCAUUUUCCUUCCCUCCUAUCCUCCUCCCAAACCACGCCCGGGCUACCUUGUCAGUUCUCUCCCUCUUUUUAUAAUGACUUAAUAAAGAAUACAUGAUUUUUAAAUGAUAGUGACUUUAUUUCCUUAAGCAAGCUGUAAUUAAAGGGGG